AUGUCCGCUUGGAUGCCCACUGUGAUACGUACUUAUGUAUGGACAUAUUUUACCGAUGAUCAAUGGAAUUUUUUGGAUAUUGCUGCAAUAUUAUUUUAUAUAGUUGGAUUCAUAACACGGUUUAUUGUAAUUGAACAAGCAUUUACAGUGUCAAAGAUAUGCAUGGCUAUAGAUUUAUGUUUAUGGUAUGUAAGAAUAUUACAUUUAUUUGCCGCAUACGAACGAUUAGGAACGAAAUUAUUAAUGAUCUAUAACACCGUAACAUGGUAUCCAAGUGCUAAUGGCGGACCAUCUCGUUAUUAUACGUUAGCAAACGAUGGUACAGGACUAUGGAAUUGGAAUCUUCUACGAAAUGUAUUUGAUUGGGGUAUAUGGAAAAUAUUUGGACAAGUUAAUCUUAUAGCUUUACAAGAAGCUGAUAAUUCAACAUUGACAGGAGCUAACAAGUACGGUACAUUAACAAUUGAUGAAAACAACAAGUUGAAUGCAAAUAUGCAUGAUCUUGUCGUAUUUAAUGCUCUUGAUAAAAUACAUAUAUCGGGCAAUGUUACAAGUAUCAUCGUUCAUUUUUGUACAUUACCAACAAUCGUAGAAUCAAAAAUUUCUCUCUAUGCAAUGUCACCAACAAAUGAUCCAAAUAAAUUUUCAGUUACAGCUACAACUGAUGUACUAUUAGAUCGAAUAAAACCAUCAUCAUCGAAUACUGUUCAAACGAUUCCUCUUACUAGUAAUUUGUCAGUCGCUACUGGGCAGUAUAUUGCUAUUCGAUUUGAAGUUGGUUCAGGUAGUCCGUAUAGUAUUGCCGAACGAAACGAAUAUUUCGUUAAUUCCAAAACAUUUGAUGAUAAUUUAAAGAAUGAUUUACCAAUACCAUUUACAAAUUGUUCAAAUAAAGGAAUAGCAUUUGGUUUUACUAUUAACUCAACAUCACCAGGACAUUAUCGAAGAUCUAAAGUAGGAAUUACCGAAGGUGAUAUUGAAAUGCAGCAGCAGCAGCCGCAGCCGCCACUACUCUUUUCUCCCCCCAAACAACACAAAAAACGACUACCACAAUCAAAAAUCAUUCGUGAUGAGCAGCCUUCUGGUGCGAAUAAAUUUCAAGAAUACGAUAAUAUGUUACGUGAAAAUGCAAUUGCUGAAGAUUAUUGGAAACCAAUAAUUGAUAGAAUUAAAGAAAAUGAACGUAUUAAUGACGAAGAUGAGGAGGACUAUGACAAACAUUAUGGAGAAAAAAUUAUUCAGUUAAUGAAAGAAAAAGACUUUAUUAAAGCGAACAGUCGACGAAACUCGAGAGCGACGGACAAUAUGUUAGCACCAAAUUCAACAACAACAACAAAUGAUCUUUUGUAA